AUGCCCCUCCCGCCCGGGCAGCAUAUGAGGCAGGGUGGAGCAGAAGCAUCAAGGUGUGGCAGCAAGAUAAGGGUGUGGGUGGAAACCCUUGCUGCCCCCACCCCCACUCCCACUCCCUCGCCCACUCCCACCCCCACUCCCACCCCCAUCCCCACUCCCACUCCCACUCCCAGCCCCACGCCCACACCCACUCCCACUCCCACUCCCACUCCCACUCCCACUCCCACUCCCACUCCCACUCCCACUCCCACUCCCACUCCCACUCCCAUCCCCACUCCCACUCCCACUCCCACUCCCACUCCCACUCCCAUCCCCACUCCCACUCCCACUCCCACUCCCACUCCCACACACGCCCCACCUAGCUCUAGCCCCAACAGUGCCGCUCCUGGGGCUGCUGUGGGCGUGGGCGUGGGGGAGUGA